AUGCCACCUACACGACGAGCAGUGGCUACCUCGCCGCUGUUGGACCUGUCGUUUCAGACACCAGACAAGACGACUAGGGGCAUUACAGCCACGCUGCUCUCGUGCUUACCUCCACCCUCCAAGGCUCCACCAUGCCAUCUUAUUUGGCAGUCCUACACGAAAAGCAACACGGUGAUCCGUCUGCUCUACCAUCCCGCACACUUCCCACUCACUGCUACUCUUCCCGUCGCCGCCUCCGCCAGAUUCCACGCGCAGCGUUCGUCCCCACCAUUGCCUGCACCUACGUCAAGCACCGGCAUACACACUGUCACCCACGAAUACCUCCCAUUCUCCUUCUGCGACAAGCUGGGUCCCGUUCAUCUCCGUGACAACCAGGUCGUCGCAUUCCAUCUCACCAACCCGUUCAGGACGACCUCUGCCUCUGACGACGAGCAGCUGCGUACCUCGGAAAGGUUGCAGAUCGUGGUGAAUUUUAUGAUGGUUAUACCUGACGAAACGAGUGGUGGCAGAAACGUCCAAAUUGCGGCACUUGCUAUCGCAUUCACUGCUUUCACUUAUUACGUCAAAGCCGAUGUUGGCGUCGAGCAAGCGAAGAGGAAGACGCGAAUAAUUUCGUCGUGCGCUACCCCAUACGACAAGCACAUGGUUCAAACAGACAAUUUGUCAAAACUUUCAAGAUGUAAGCUGAGAGAGCCUAGUAUAAAAUCAAUCAAAAAGCAGGAAAAUACAAAUAAAAUAUACGCAUCUGAAGUAUAA